AUGUCGGACGCGACCCUCUUUCUUCCAGACCACCGCCCUGCCCCGAAAGACGAUGCAGAACGUAGAAACGAUGCAACACCCGAUUUCGAGGCCAAUACUGGGAAAGAUAACCAGGCCAAAGCUAAGAGCGGUUUGGAAUCUAGGAGCAAAGAGAAAUCUCAGAGCGAUACGGAACCUCAGAGCGAUGCGAAACCUCAGAGCGACACGAAGCUCAAGGGCGGACGGACGGCAAAGUCAAUGAAGUUACCACCCAAGAAAACUGCCUCUAAAGCUCAAUCGAAUGCCAGGGUGCAGUCAAGCAAGAAACCGCCAGCCAAGCAAGGAAACCCCGCCGAUAUAGAGAAGCCGGUCGACCCCCAAACAGCGCCCGAGCCUCAGGUCAUAAAACAGGUUUUUGAGUCUCUGAAGAAGCUUGAGCAAAGCUACGCCUCCAUCAACAGUAGGUUGUCGAAUAUUCAAGAAGGCACCACUGGAGCGGCUGCCGAAGGAGCCAAAGCAGAUUCUGGGAAGAAGGGAGAACUGGACGCAUUCGUGGCGAAACAGAGCGACAAGCUGGGUGGGAAGCUCAAGAUGAUUUCUGGUACUCUGGACGUUCUGAAGAGCGUCUUGCGCUCUCAGUCAAUACCCCUCGACCAUCUCGCAAAGAGGCCAAGUGCCACGAAACCGUCGGGCACCACAUCAGAUAGCGCUUCUAAGCGCAAAGACCAACCUCAGCAAGCUCAAUCGCGUAGCAAGGCAAAUUCGAGGCGGGAUGAGAUGCGGAUAAAAGUGCGAAAGGUCCUGCUUGGCGAGCAACGAAAGCCGAUACCGAAAGAUCCAGUGAAAGCCUCGUGGACAUCACUUGAGAAUCGCCUCACUGGCGGUGACAAGGCUCCAUUAGUUGUGGCGGCAGCCGCAGCUGGUGCAUCAGCUCUUGGCGCAGCUCGUUCUGCCGCCAACACGGCUGCCAACGAAGCGGCUGCCGACGAGACAUCGAACAACGACAGCGAACCACCUCCAACCAAGCCCAAGAGGGCCAAGAAAUCUGAAAAACCUCUUGUCAAUGUAAAGAGAGUGCAUGCAGAAAAUCUUCACCUAGUGCCCAUCGAAGUACCAGACGCUCCCGAGGUGCCGAAACUCGCGUACGGCCUGGACAGAGUCUUGUUCAACCCUGGAGUAUACCAUAUGCAGGACCCCCGCUCGCGAGUCUUCAACUUUGAUCCUUACCUCGGCGAUAUCAUGCCGAUCAGUGAGUUUGACUUCAAUGCGCUCCAGAAAUAUGUUACCUCUUCAAAGGAUAACACCUUGAUCUCGCUUGCGGCCAAGCUGGGUAGGAAGUACACCGGCUCAACGUCCAGCAUGACUCAGACGCUGUCCCAUUUCCACUUCUUGCUUUCUGCGUGGCGGCCUAUCAACCCUGAUAACAUGAGCCGCCAGUUCACGCCCGAGUAUUCGAGUUUCACUGCCAUCUCUCGUGCCCCAGCUGCCUCCUUUCUGCAUUUCAACGAAGGGGUGUACGCGAUAGAUGCAGACAAGGAGUACGACUCUGCCAGUAUCUUGAGCAUGCUCGGAAAGUCAAUGGAGAAGCAGUUGACACUGCCGCGAGAAGAGUUCGAAAAGUAUCGCCGUGCCAAUUCCGAUCAGAUCACCGAGGAGGAGCGCAAUGCCGCAGAAGCCUUUCAUUACACUACCAUGGGCGAUUUCCUUAUGCGCUCUCAACUGGACGCGUAUGAUCCACGGUUACCAGGAUCUGGGAUGUUUGAUCUGAAGACAAGAGCCGUGGUCUCAAUCCGGAUGGACGCUCAGCAAUUCCACAAGGGACUUGGCUAUGAGAUCCGCCGCCGUUAUGGUCAGUGGGAGUCUUUUGAGCGCGAAUACUUCGACAUGAUCAGAUCUGCAUUCCUCAAGUAUUCUUUGCAAGUGCGAAUGGGCCGUAUGGAUGGCAUCUUCGUCGCCUUCCAUAACACACAACGCAUCUUCGGUUUCCAGUACAUCCCCAUCAACGAGAUGGACCAAGCCAUUCACGGAACCUUUCACCGAAAUAUUGGCGACCAAGAAUUCAAGCUUAGCCUUCACCUUCUGAACAAGGUCCUCGAUCGCGCGACUGAACGAUUCCCUGGCCGAUCCAUCCGUCUUCAUGUGGAAACGCGACCUACCGACCCUCCUUUUAUGUAUGUUUUCGCAAAGCCUGUUACAAAGGAAGAUAUCGACAAGGUCCAAACGCGCAACCAAGCUGCCGUCAGAGAGUUCGAGGAGCAGAUUCUUGGUAUGGCCUCAGAGGAGUCAUCGGAGCCCGAGAUGCAGGACUCGGAAGUCGAACAAUCAGUUGGCCAAGAAGAAGAUGAGGAAGCUAUUAGCGUCGAUGUGUCUAGUACUGAGUCUAGUAGCCAAGUAUGGCAGACGCAAGCAUUCUGGGAAGAAAUGCAGGAGAAGGUCAACGAGGCAGUGGAAGACGAUGCCCUCGGCAUUGGCCAUGUACGGGAGGCAAUCCACGACGCACUGGAGCAAAGUGCAUUGCUGAAGGCGAGAACACCUGAAGAAGCUCGCUGGUAUGUCGACGGUCUUUUGGAGGCUCUCACUCGCAAUCAAGCCAGCGAGGCACAGGACAUUGAUGGAAAGGAUGAUCAGACAGAUGCGAUGUCUGCGAGCGAUAUCAGUACCCCAUCGGCCGAUGCCGCUCAAGCUAUUGAAUCGAGCAAAGCACAAGAAGCUGUGCCAGCCGCUAGCGAGGGAACUGAGUCGGUCCAAGAGACAGACGGAGAGUCUUCGCUAGAGAGAGAGGUGCGCAGCUCUCGGAAUCUCGGUCUGAAGGAGUUGAUUCUCCGCGUUGCUUCGAAUGUCGAUGAGAAUCUCGACGUGGAAGAAACCGACAUUCCUGAAGACGACGCUACUUCCGACGUCUCCAAACUCCGAACGUUCGAGCGUAUUCUCUCUAAGCUGGUUGCCGAGUCGAAGCAGUCGGAAAUCAAGACGACACCUCAGGCUUCUGAUAUGGAGGAAGCAACGACUGGAAUGGUUGAGGAUCUUAUCCCCAGUGCCAGCCAAACGGUAACCACCACCGAGUCUGCCAAGGAUGCUGGCGGCAAAGAAGCCCAGGAGGACCAGACCCCUGAGCUUGAUAUCGUCGACAACGAGCUUCUCGGAAUGGUCUUGACCGUGCGGAACAGGGUGAAUGGAGAAUACGCCCCUCGGCCCGACCCUAAGGCUGGCGUUUCGGCCUGGACCGUGGAGUAUUCUAUUGAAGAACUUCCUGCGGGCCGCGCCGAAGCUCUGUAUAAAGCACUUCAGGUGCGACGCAAAAAGGCGCUCUCAAACGACAAGGAUGCGAACGGGCCUGACCCAUGGUACCACAUGUUUUCGGGCAAGCUGGAACAGAUGAGCAAGAGGGGCAGGAAAUUCCGGGCGAAAAUGGAAGAGAAGGCCCGGGAAAACCCAGUUCAUAUUUUUGGCAUGGAUGAUCCCGUAACUUAUGAUGAGGCUUUCGGACACAGGGCCCAGUGGAAGACUGUAUCCUGGGAUGAAACGACAGACGAGCUGCGAGAGGACGAUUUUGACGAGGAGACCUUGAAGGAAGGUAUCUUCCAGGAGGACGAACUGGAGAAAAAUGAGCCGCAAGUGAGCGAGCCAAAAAGAGAGGAGCUGAAGAAGGAGGAGCUGCAAGAGGACAAGCCACGAGACUCAUAA